AUGGCUCAAGGCACUGUCCCUACACGUCGUACCACUUCACUUUCCGGAUCAGCUAGAUUAUCCUUGAGCGUGGGGAAAACAAAUAACAAUGCACCUAGUCCAGCUUCGGGGAGACAUCCAUUAAGACAGGACUGGUCAAUAUCCUAUGUUCACCGACCACCAGGCGCCAAAGUAGAAUAUGAGAAGGAAAUUAGGAAAGUAGCUACUUUUGGAUCUAUUGAAUCGUUUCUUCAUCUCUAUUCGCACAUCACACCUCCUAACGAAUUGCCUCCAGUGACGGAUAUAUUGGUGUUUGUAAGUAGGAUUGGUAGACCGGGAGUGUGGGAGGAAAUGAGAGAUGGUGGUAAAUUCACCAUCCGACUUGUUCAUCCCAUCACGCCGUUACUGUUCGAGAACCUCCUUCUAGCGCUCAUAGGCGAUCAGUUUGACGAGUCGGAUAACGUUGUAGGAUGUGUGUUGAGUGUGAGGCAGGCAGAGGAUAUUUUGAGUGUUUGGGUGGAAGAGGAGAGUGAUAGUGUUAGAAGUGGAGCUUUGAAAGAGAAGAUCCUCACCUUACUCAGUCUCCCAUCCACUACAUCCUGCGAAUACCGUGCCAAUCGAGCAUUACUCGAAGCUACCUCAAAACCACCUUACAACAAUAACAAUAACAAUAACAGUCAUAACAUCAAUAAUAAUCCAGGUUCAGUGAACAAUGAUAAUGAAUCAACGCAUCAUCACCAUAAUAAUCAUCGACAACAUCAAAACUCUCAUCAACAUCAUUCGCAUCACAACCACACGCAUGCUCAUAGGGAACACACGUAUGAGCGGGGUCAUUGGGGAGGAGGCGGAGGUGGUAGAGAGAGGAGAAAUCAAAAUCAAAAUCAAACGUCUGGGAUUGGGGCAAUAGGAGGGGAAAAGAAGGAACCUGGUUCUUGGGGGUUAUAG